GCCAAUUACUAUUUGUGUUGUUGAUCACCCGGUAGAAACAAAAUUUACCAAAGCAAAUGGAAAAGCCAUCGUUGGGGAAAAUACCAACUAGCCUUAACUACAAAUAAAUCGAUUUGGAGUUAUUGCCACAGGUAACUGUGACAGGAUCAAAUGCUGUCUACGGGUGAUGUCCAAGGCUGUCUUCGGAAACUCGAAGCUCUCCUUCGCGUGAUUAAGUACCCUGGAUAUGUUGACUACGAUGGCCUUUCCAAAGGAGAUCCUUCAGCUUUUCUACCAAUAGUGAGCUUCACCCUCACCUCCUUCUCUCCACUUUUUGUUGAGGAGCUCAUGGCAGCUGGGCUAGAGCUGACUGGCAAAACUGACCUCCGAUUCACAGAUGCUCUUUACAAGGCACUACGAGAUAUCUUCCACUAUAAACCCAUACUGUCCAAGCAGCAGUUCCUUCAAUGGGGUUUCUCUCAAAGGAAGAUCUCUGUCAUCUGUGAUAUCAUUAACUUGGUAAUACAGAAACACAGCCAACUAAAGAAGCACAGAGUCAGAUGUCCUGCAUCACAUAAGGAUGGCAGAGGAGAGGCUCUUUUAACAGUGACCGAUGCAGCAGACACUGUGGCAAAGAGGCCAUUUGUUGUGAAUCACAUGGAAAAUCCUUCCACUUUUCCCACGGUCUCCUCCUGUGAGGAAGCGUUCUGCUCCCAUAAUGUAACCUGUGGCUCUCAGAAUGAAGUAGCCUCCUCCAGAUCUCCUGUAAAUGGCAUCUCAGAGCUGCCAGGAGUAGAGGAGGACAAAAAUGACUUUCCUCACGCAUCAGAGGUGGAAGGAAGGCUCUCAGCACUGGAAGCUCAAAUCCAAAGUCUUCUGCCUGGGCUUGACAGGCUCAGUAUUUUGGAGAAACGCCUGGACGAACUGGAGAGACAAAGAAACACAGACAAAGUUGAUAAGAACGAAGGACAAGUCAUCACCAUAUCCAGAGAGAGCUGGGAAAACUUGAUGAGUAGAGUAUUAUUGCUGGAAACCAAACUAGAACUCAGCAACGCACAGAUAAGUGUCCCACUGCAGUGCCAGUCAUCUACCUCCUAUUCCUCCAGCUCCAUGUGUGAUGCUUCAAAGGAGGACCUCAAGGACAGGCUAGAACGGAUCACCCACAUGCUGAGGAGCACCUCCAGUCUCCUAAAGAACACUGAAUCCUGCAACAUCUUUCAAAUAAAUUAUAAUAAAUGAUUGACCUCUCGGUUUGAGUUUGUUGCUGUAUCACGCCACUAUUUUGGUAAACUUUUUUGUCAUCUUGACAUGUUUAAUGUUUUCUAAAGCCUAAUGACUGUUAUAUACCUAGAAACCUGUACUGUAACUUCUUCCAAUCAUCUUGUGUUAGACCUCUUCCAUUAAAUUCUUCAUUCUUAAAAUUG